UAUGAGUUUGCUCAUGCUUCAGACAUCAGUGUGAUAAAGCUGUGGAUAAAGGUAAUAAUGUUGUAAAUGUUUCUUGCACAUACUAUUAUUUUGCCUCUACAAUGUAUGGUCUGGUGCCACAGGUGUUAAUUUUGUUUUGCCUGUAUUAGCGGUUCAUUCCACUAUGGUGGCUCUAGUUAAAGCAAGAAAUACGCCGAAGGAGAGUUGAUAUGCGUGUUGUUUUGCCAUUGACUAUAAUUUUUAUCAACCACUACCAAAGCUAUGAAAACGAAUACUAGCUUACAAAUGGGUUGAUUGAAAAAAAAACUAAUUUAGUUUGCAAGUCCACUUAGGUUUAAGAUAUCUCUUAAUUAGCGACUCGCUACAAUCCUAAUCACUGUAUAAUUAGUGCACUAUUUUCUUCUUCAUAAGUUUUAUGGCGGUCGGCCAACUACACAUCCAUUAUUUUGUUGCCUUCUUUAGGCAUUAAUUUCGCAGGAGGCUGACCGCUUCUCUACGGCGGACUCCUAUGUUUGGAGUGUGUGAUGAUGAGAAGAAUGCGCUCGCCGUGGAUGAACCCUCUCUCCAGCCCUUGAGCUUCUGCUCCGGAAACCCCGCGAAAUGUAGAGGCGGAGCGCGCAGUGACAGAGAGCCGGGCGGGGGCGCGCGGGGGGGGAGGCGGAGUCACGGCACUUCUGCCAGGGCCGCCAUUUUUGCACAGGGAAAAGAGACAGGAUUGAAGGGAUCCAGUUUCUAACUGUCGGCAUAGAUAUGGACAAAAUUUUCGGGUUUUAACAAACGCAGACUUUACGUUUGGAUUAGAGCUCCACGAGGCGAAAUACGACUGCUAAACAGCGCGAUUUGUUAAGCUUUGUUACACAUCCGCAGUGGAGAGCGAAGUAUUGUUUUGGUUGUGUGGUAGAUCAGGCGGCGGGGUCUCACCCGAGUCCCCCGUGUCUUUAUUCACAGUUAUUACAGUGGACAUAAACGAGGGAUGGAGAAGUGAAGUGCCCUCCUCAAGAGACAAGGAGGUUAGAAAGGGAAAGAAAGGCAGCUGGCGGCCAAUCGCAGUCUCAGGCCUUGUGGAUGCACUUAGAUGUGUGCAAUGAGUGCUGUGGCUGACAUGCCUCAGUGUUUUGGAUUGCUGUGCUCUGGACUCAGUAGGACAAGAGACUCCCAGCACAGAACGUCAUGAGCAUAGUCAUCCCAGUAGGGGUGGACACGGCCAACACCUCGUAUCUGGACAUGGCUGCAGGCUCAGAACCAGAAUCUGUGGAGGCGAGCUCUGUGGUAGUUGAGAAGUCCACCUACCCUCACCAGAUUUACAGCAGCAGCUCCCACCACUCCCACGGAUACAUCGGUCUGCCUUACGCCGACCAUAAUUAUGGGGCGCGACCCCCACCCACCCCGCCGGCGUCCCCACCUCCCUCGGUGCUGAUCCGGCCGGGCGAGAGCUUGUUUGUGUCCGGAAGCCGGCCUGGUGAGAACUUGUUUGUGCCGGGCGGGCAGGACGAGGCGUCGCGUGGCACCACGCUCAGCACCUCGGAGGACGGCAGCUACGGUGCUGACAUCACACGCUGCAUCUGUGGCUUCACCCACGACGAUGGCUACAUGAUCUGCUGCGACAAGUGCAGUGUGUGGCAGCACAUAGACUGCAUGGGGAUCGACAGGCAGCACAUUCCCGAAACCUACCUGUGUGAGCGCUGUCAGCCACGCACCCUGGACAGAGAGCACGCCAUCCUCCUGCAAACCAGGAAGAGAGAGAACAUGUCUGAUGGGGACACCAGUGCUACAGAAAGCGGAGAUGAGGUUCCACUAGAGCUGUACACAGCGUUUCAGCACACCCCUACCAGCAUCACACUCACAACAGCACGUCUGGGUAACAAACAGGCUGAUAAGAAACGAAAGAAGAGCGGAGAGAAGGAGCCGCCGGCUACAGCCAGGGCCAAGAAGUCAUUCCGUGAAGGCUCUAGAAAAUCAUCUAGAGUAAAGGGCUCCGCUCCCGAGUGUGAGCCGAUUGAUCCUCCCUCUCUAUGGGAGAAUAAGAUGAAGUCGUGGAUGGAGCGCUACGAGGAGGCCAGCAGUAACCAGUACAGUGAAGAAGUGCGGCUACUGCUGAGAGUCAAAGAAGCCCGAGAUGGAAAAACCCUGGCCUACAAUACACACACCGCAGCCUUCAAGCCACCUGUAGAGAGUCAAGUACAAAAAAACAAGCGAAUUCUGAAGGCUGUGCGGGAUUUGGCUGCUGAUUCAUUAAUAAUCGAGUACAGGGGGAAGGUCAUGCUAAGACAGCAGUUUGAGGCUAAUGGCUACUUCUUUAAGAGGCCAUACCCUUUUGUAUUGUUCUACUCUAAGUUUGACGGUUUGGAAAUGUGCGUAGACGCACGGAGCUUUGGGAAUGAGGCCCGAUUCAUUCGGCGCUCCUGCACCCCUAACGCUGAAGUGCGGCACGUGAUUGAAGAGGGCAUGCUGCAUUUAUACAUUUACUCUCUGAGGUCCAUCUCCAAAGGGAGCGAGAUCACCAUUGGCUUUGAUUACGACUACGGCAGCUGUAAAUAUAAGGUGGACUGUGCUUGUGUAAAAGGCAAUCCGGAGUGUCCUGUGCUCAAGCAUAACCUGGAGCCCACAGAGAAUCUAGGCUCUAGCACACGACGGCGAGGCCGUAAGGACAAAGAACCAUCGCGGGACGAGAGCGGACAAAAUCAGAACCUCACUAUGGACUGUGACGGGUCCAAGGGGAAAACGCUUAAUGACGCCAAACAGAGAAAACUCUCUCCUCUCAGGCUCUCAAUAUCUAACAAUCAGGAUCCUGAGUUAAUAGAGGAUCUAGAAGAGAAAACCUCCGUUAGCAAUGAAGUAGAGAUGGAAUCAGAGGAGCAGAUUGCAGAAAGGAGGAGGAAGAUGGGCAGCCCGGCAGAGGAGUCCCACCGUCACGACGCAGGGGCUUCCUGCUGCAGAGCUCUGAGAAACAAGGAGACACGGGAAGAGAGGAAGAUGGAGGCCAUUCUGCAGGCGUUUGCUCGUAUGGAGAAGAGGGAAAAGCGGAGGGAGCAAGCGUUGGAGAGGAUUGGCACCAAAGGGGAGGUUGGUGGACGCAGCGAUAUAAAGGAGGAGGCACCUGCAACCCCUGAGGCUGAAUCUCCUGCCGUGAUACAGCCGCUGCUAGAGGUAGUAAAGGAGGAGCCUGGUCUGAAACCGGCGAAGGUGAGCCGUAACAAACAGAGAAAAAGCUUCUCCCGGAACCGGACGCACAUAGGACAGCAGAGGCGGCGAGCACGAACUGUCAGCACCUGCUCCGACUUGCCCCCCAGUUCCCCUGGUGACACUUUAGAGCCCUUAAUGGCAGAGACUCAAGAUAUAGAGAUGCCUGUGGCCCCUGAAGCCGAUGCUCCGCCAACGCAACCCCCUGAAACAAGCCCACCCCACAGUGGCUCACCAGCCCCAACAUGCCGCAGUGGACAGAAGUACCCCAAAACUAAAAAGCACUUAGUGAGUGAGUGGAUGGGUGUUGACAAACAGGAGCGGGUUGCGUCACGCACUCCGGAGCCUCCCCCUGAAAGGCCGUUGCGGAUCAGUAGUGAUCCUGAAGUCUUAGCCACACAACUGAACUCUUUACCGGGCAUGUCCUGCAGCUCACACGUCUACAGCACGCCAAAACACUACGUCCGCUUUUCUUCUCCUUUCCUGGCCAACCGUAGUCCCAGUACUCCUGGAGUGCCCACGGGACGACGGCGCUCGAGAGAGAUGCCUGAAACGCCAACUUCCACUGGCUCCUGCAAGAAGCGCUGGCUAAAGCAGGCUUUAGAAGAAGAAGGUUCGACCAGCCCAGGUGGAGGACGACCUUUUCUGCUCAUACCCAGUGAGAGUCCUCUCAGUCCCUCUAUAAACGGCGAGUCCUGCAGCCCUCUACCCCUCAAUGGAAGUUGCUCAUUACCAGAGUUGCCUACACCGUUGAAGAAGAGGCGCUUGUGUUCACUCGAUCCCUGCAUGUCGGAGACUUCCACCCCAUAUGGGUCUCCAUGUGCCACGCCAACCCGAACAGAGUCAACAGAAGCACCGGGCACACCUUCGCUGCUAGCAACGCCUCCUCGACCUCGACCAGAGGAGCCCAGUACCGAGCCCUCGACACCCUUGCAGAUGCCCAACCACCCUCUGUUACAGGAGAGUGAAUCGUCAAUGGACAGUUCUCCAGAUGGCAGCCGGAGGCCCAGUACACAAGAUGUUGAGCGACCUCCUUCGCUGCUGGCAUCUCCCAGCGUGAGAAAUGUGAGCUCUGAUACGGCUCCACAGGAGUCUAGUAAAUCUAUGGGGUCUCUGAGUCCUCAGCCCUCCCACACGGAGCCCCAGGAUGCCGCAGUGGAUGAAGGCAUGGAGGUUGAUGCUGCUGCUGCUGUUACUUCUGCUGCUGGUGGUGGUGGUGGUUCAGAAGCAUCAACAUCAGCUCCUGAAACGCCAGUCUCCUCUUACCCUCCAUGGAUGAAGAGUCCAGAGCGGGGCGGCAUCUCUUUUUCCCCAGUGAAUUCAAAUCUGAGAGACCUCACUCCUUCACACACCCUGGAGAUGGGGGCGUACAGGCCGGAUUCAACCUCCAGUGGCCCUUUUAGUGAAGCCGCACCCUUCUUUUCUUGCAAUGAGGAGAGCAGUGGUGUGACCUUUACCCGCUCGCUAAGUGGAGAUGGCACAGGGGAGGGAAGCACUGCAAAAAACCCACAGAAGAAAAAGGUCUCUCUGUUGGAGUACAGAAAGCGUCAGCGUGAGGCACGGCGGAGCGGCUCCAAAGGCGAGUGUAGCUCCCCUGUUUCCACAGCACCACCAGUAGACGUGUUCCCUGUGGCGGUGGAAAUGGCUGUUGAUCCUCCUGCUCCUGCAGCAACACCGACCCCCAGGACCCCGCAGCCUAGUGAGGAUCCAGACGCCCCUCAGGGGGAGAGAGAUGGAGAAGGCCAGUGGACAUCUUCCACAUCAGUAGAGCAGGCCAGGGAGCGGGGCUACCACAGGGCCUUAUUGCUGAGUGAUCAUCGCAAAGAUACAGAUGGUGGAGAGUCAGAAGGUGGUGAUUCCCAAGUGAAGGACUGUUCUUCUCCCAAGAGCUGCAAGAGCCCCUCGACACAUGCACCUUGUUCUCCAGCAGCCCAGGCUGUGUCUCGGCCAUCAAAGGAUGAAGAUGAAGCACAGACUCGUGGUCCUGCUCAGCCUCAGGCAGUGUCCGUCCAGCCGUCCAGCGCUAAGACUCCCAGCUCAAAACCAGCUGCUCUGACGCCCAGCAAGCUCCACUGUGGGCCCUCAGGCGCCUCUCAGAGUCACUACGCGGGACCUUCGCUCAUGCACUCUCCCAAAGCGCAACCCCAAGGAUCACCUUUCCGUGGCCAGCGAGCCUUUCUGACAGCUCAGCCUCAGAACCAGCCUCAACCACAAGCUACAUCUGGCCCUGCAACUUUCCCUCAGUAUAACCCUCAAAAUGCACCUCCACCUCCGCCCCCUCCUCCCCCAGCUCCACCUACAUCUGCUCCUUACUUCCCCACCCAGCCUACUGCUGCUGCUGCUCCCUUUCCUGCAUUUAAGCCCACCGUAGCCUCGCCCUUUCCUCCUGGUUCCCAGCCUCUACUUCAGACCCAUCAUGCACUGCAUUACCAAAGCAGUGCUGCUCCUCCUCCUCCACCACCUCCUCCCCCUCCCCACCCGCAGCCUGGCCCCACCUUACUGCAUGUCAAUCUGCAACCUCCUUCACUGCAGCAGCAUCAGCUCCUGCUGAGCUCCGCCCCACCUCCGCCUCCUCCUCCACCUCCUCAGACACAGAGUUCCCAGCAGCCCCCGCCUAACUCCGGCACGCUCCUGUCAAUCAAACAAGGACCACACCCACCCCUUCCACCCCCUCCUCCAGCUCCCUCCACUAACGCACCACCGCACCCGUUCCAAAACAUCAGUGGCUUUCAAACCACUCUACUCCACCAGUCUGCACCAGCCAACCCCUCAGUAACCGCAUCUACUUAUCAACAAACUGUAUUACCCCCUCCUCCUCCACCUCCCCCCCAACAAACUCCUCCCACACAGACCCCGCCCAAUCCGAGCAUCCCUCAGAUCGCAGGUGGCAAUCGAGGACCCGCUCCUUCCUCCGCCUCUUUCCACACCACCGGAUACUUGGGCACAGGAUGGCACUGACCACACCCACCAAAACCCCGCCCUCCAGACGGACUCUCUCAGAGAGGGGGCGGAGCUACAUCUUGUAACAUACAGCACCACUGUAAAUAUUUUCUAUGUACCUUUUCACAAAGGCUAAUGUAACCUGGUGGGGGUACAUUUUAAGAAGAAAAUGAGGACUGUAACAGAGUAGACUGUGUGUAAAAGAUGAUGGUUAAUGAACCCUGGUGCUCAUCACAGUCCCCCACACCUCCCGUCACAACCUCGUACUGCCAUCCUGUCUUUUCCAGACGUCUUUUUUUACUUUGAAUGUUUUUAUUCAUUUUAAUCGCACCUUUCCGCCGUCUUUUCCUGUUUUGUCCUCCCAGCGCAAUGGGACAUUCCAGUUUCUUCCCUACCGUUUCCUAAUCUCCCCCUGUUUUUUCACUCAUCAGUUAUUUGUUUUAUCUAGGCGCUCAUUAUAUAGCAAAAAGGUUUUGUAUAGAGAAAAAAUACAGAAUCAUUAUUUUUUUUAUUCCUUCAUGUAAGAGAAAUAUCUGUGCACCGCUGCAGAGAAAUCCAGAGGAGACCUUUCCGAUAGGCCGCUUCACUGCCCCAGGAGACUGCACUUGUGUGAAUGAGCGAGUCUGUGUGCAUGAGUGUCUGUUUUUACGCGGAAGGGAGCGUGAAUGCUUGUGUGCCACCCGCAUCCGUGCGCAUAUUUAUAGUGCGAGCGAGAGGCGGAUGGCAAAUAAGGCGCAGACAGAUAUGCGUGCUGUUCUCUGUGGCAGCUUCAGAAAGAGAGGUCCUUCCUGUAGGGGGUAAGCGGUUUAUUUUUGAAUAUCAAUGGUUAUUUGUAGAAAGUGUAAUUUAAUGUAUAGGUGGUUACUCCAGCUUUCUCCAGAAACAGUUGUAAAUAUUGGCUUCUUUUCUUUUCUAUGCUUGUAUAAUUGGCUCCCAUCCCCAUUUUGGAAUAUGGUUGUAAAUACAAGCGCUCUUGACGAAAAACGCUGAAUGUUUCUGUGACUGUAGCACUAUUUUUAUUUCCUCCUCUCUGGUUUAUUUUUUUUACUGUUUGUGUGUGAGUGUAUGUGUGUGUGAAGGACAGAGGCUCACAGACACAGCACUGGUUGGCUAUUUUCAUGGUUCAUUAUAAUAAAUCACUGUAAUGACAGUUUUAUACCAAC